UGUCAGCUUCAGUGCCGUUCUCUCCACUGGUGCUGCAGGAAUUCUAGAACUACUUCCCAAGAGGGAAAUAGACAAAGCUAAAGCUACUGUCAGAGAGAGUUCCAGAAGAGGACCAGCAGCUCUGACUAUGCUAUGCAUCGUCUAUGGAAAAUUCCAAGACUUUUCACUCUCUGGGGGAAUGAGAUUUCCUGCCGUACUUUCCAUAUGAAUAUCAAGAAACUAAUACCCAUACAGUGGGGCCACCAGGAAGCACCUGCCAAGUUCAACUUCGCUAGUGAUGUGAUAGAUCACUGGGCCAGUGUAGAGAAGGCUGGCAAGAGAUCUUCAGGUCCAGCCCUAUGGUGGAUGAAUGGCAGUGGGGAAGAAAUAAAGUGGAGCUUCAGAGAACUGAGUGAAGUCAGUAAACAAACGGCCAAUGUUCUCUCGGGAGCCUGUGGCCUACAUCGUGGGGACCGUGUGGCAGUAGUGCUUCCCCGAGUCCCAGAGUGGUGGCUGACGAUCCUGGGCUGCAUGCGGACAGGCCUUGUUUUCAUGCCUGGGACCAUCCAGAUGAAAUCCUCAGACAUACUCUACAGGCUGCAGGCAUCCAAGGCCAGGGCCAUUGUAGCUGGGGACGAAGUAGCUCAGGAAGUGGAUGCUGUGGCCCCUGACUGCUCUUUUCUGAAAAUCAAGUUGCUGGUGUCUGAAAACAGUCGAGAAGGAUGGCUAAACUUCAAGGCAUUGCUAAAAGAUGCAUCCACCAUUCAUCAGUGUGUGGAGACAGGAAGCCAAGAAUCAGCGGCCAUCUACUUCACUAGUGGGACCAGUGGCCCUCCCAAGAUGGCAGAACACUCCCACUGCAGCCUGGGCAUCAAGGCCAAGAUGGAUGCUGCCAGCAGCUGGACAGGCCUAGGUACUUCUGACAUAGUAUGGACCAUCUCAGACACAGGUUGGAUACUGAACAUUUUAGCAGCGUUUCUGGAACCUUGGAUAUUGGGAGCAUGCGUAUUUGUCCAUCUUUUGCCAAAGUUUGAUUCACAAACUGUUCUAAAGGUGCUUUCCAGCUACCCUAUCAAUAGCCUGGUGGGUGCCCCCCUCAUUUACCGGAUGUUGCUACAACAGGAUCUUUCCAGUUACAAAUUUCCACAUCUGCAUAGCUGCUUCAGUGGAGGAGAGACCCUUCUCCCAGAGACUCUGGAGAACUGGAAAGCCAAGACAGGACUGGAAAUCCGAGAAUUCUAUGGCCAGACAGAAACGGGACUUACCUGCAGAGUUUCCAGGACGAUGAAAGUCAAACCAGGCUACCUGGGAACAGCCUUUGCUCACUAUGAUGUACAGGUCAUAGAUGAACAGGGCAAUGUUCUGCCCCCUGGCAAGGAAGGAGACUUAGCUAUCAGGGUGAAGCCCAUCCGGCCUAUAGGCAUGUUCUCUGGAUACGUGGACAAUCCCAAGAAGACACAGGAUAAUAUUCGAGGAGACUUUUGGCUUCUGGGAGACCGGGGAAUCAAGGAUCCAGAAGGGUAUUUCCACUUCAUAGGGCGGACAGACGAUAUCAUUAAUUCCAGUGGGUACCGGAUUGGACCUUCCGAGGUGGAAAAUGCACUGAUGGAGCAUCCUGCCGUGAGCGAAACAGCAGUGAUCAGCAGCCCGGACCCUUCCAGAGGAGAGGUGGUGAAGGCAUUUGUGGUCCUAGCCCCUGAAUUCCUGUCCCAUGACCGAGACCAGCUCACUAAGGUGCUUCAGGAGCACGUGAAGUCAGUGACAGCACCCUACAAGUACCCCAGGAAGGUGGAGUUCGUUUUAGACCUGCCCAAGACCGUUACAGGAAAAAUUGAGCGAGCAAAGCUUCGAGCCAAGGAAUGGAAAACAUCAGGACAAGCCUAGGCCCAAUGAGACUCCUGAGGCUUUUGAUGAGGUUCUGUCUUCCCCAAUCCUUUCCUGUGACUUCUUAGUCUCCACUUAUGGAGAUAUAAGAUUAUUCACACAGAGGCAUGUAUGUGAUUUUGGUCUCUCUUUGGUUAUUGACAAAGAACAAUGACACGUUUGACACUAAAAGAAAAAAGAAAGAGGGAAUAAGAGAUUUUCAGGGGAAAAAUUGAGUCAGAAAAGUGCUAAAACAGCAAGGGAAAGAAAUUGUCAAUUCAAGUGGGCAGGAAGUGGGAGAAUGAAGGGGAAAAGAGAAUGAGGAGAGGGCGAAAAAAGAAGGAACUGGAGAAAAGUAGAAAAGGAGGAGUGUGUGGAAGGACACUAGUGUCUUCCCCAAGUUGGCUCAAUCCUUAGGGACAUCAUGUUCAAAGGAGGAGGAAAUACCACGUUGUCAUGCCCAAGGAACUGUCCUACACAUGUUGUGAGCCAUCUUGCUUCAUCUAUGUGUCAUUUGCAGGUUCAACUUCUACACCCCAAAACAUAUCACUUCCUUUAGCUCACAGUCAUUGUCAUAUCUUUACUUCCUUGAAUCAAUAUUAAAAUCAUUUUAAAAUCAAAA